CUGCACGACAUUGACAUUGCGCACACCGCGCCCCUCCCCCCACCAUGACCCCAACCUCCUCCCACCAUGCUGCGCACCUCGCCGCCACAGCCCUGGUGUCCGGUGCCGUUGUCGCGACUUCUAUACUUGCGUUCCAGCGCCUGCGGAGGGAACGCAGGGUCGACGACCUGAAACACUCGAUUCCGCCGCCGACUGGGGAGGAACGGCCUGAUCUCGUCGCGCCGACGCCGCAAUGGAGUAAGGAAGAUGAGAGGAGCGCUGAACUUGCUGCGCGGGCGAUAAGGGGAGAGUAUGAUGACGGUAGGCCCAUCUGUACCCAGCCCUGGCGUAGCUGCAACUAACGGACGAGCAGAACUCAUCCUCGAGCAAUUGGCGCGCAACCGCGUCUUUCUUUCCGACUCUGGCCUCGCAGCCCUUCGAAAUGCGAAGAUAGUUGUUGUAGGCUGCGGUGGUGUUGGUUCGCACUGCGCUUCUGCGCUCGCACGGUCGGGGGCCUCACAUAUCCGCCUCAUCGACUUUGAUAUGGUGUCUCUGUCGUCGCUGAACCGACACGCGGUGGCGACGCUAGCGGAUGUUGGGACGCCGAAAGUCGAGUGUUUGCGUCGGCGGCUGCGGGCCGUGACACCCUGGGUGGAUUUCGAUUGCCGGAAUGAGAUGUUCAGCGAGAAGGACGCGAACAGGCUACUCAAGGACGCGGAGUUCGUGGUGGAUGCGAUUGAUAACAUCGACUCGAAGGUCGGGCUGCUAGCAUACUGCCACGGGAAGGGAAUACAGGUGGUUAGCUCCAUGGGUGCGGGGUGCAAGAGCGACCCGACAAGGAUAUUUGUUGGGGAUAUCAGUGCAUCAACUGAGGAUCCGCUGUCGCGCUCUACACGGCGCCGACUGCGUCUACGAGGCAUCGCAAGCGGGAUCCCGGUCGUCUUCUCUACGGAGAAGCCAGGCUCGGGCAAGGCACAGCUACUUCCUCUCUCCGAAGAGGAGUUUGCAAAGGGCAAAGUCGGGGAGCUGGCGCCAAUGGCCGAUUUCCGAGUCAGGAUAUUGCCUGUACUCGGCACCAUGCCAGCGGUAUUUGGCUGUGCAGCGGCAAACUACGUUAUCUUGAAACUAGCCGGGUACCCUACCGAUAAUGUUGAGACGAAGGGGAGAGAUAAGCUGUAUGAGGCUAUUCUAGCGCAGGUGCAGGGCAGUGAGGAGAAGGUUGCCAGAGCGAGUAUGGGCUGGGGUGCUGAAGACGUGAAGGGCCUCAAGUUACCGCUGACAGCGGGUGAUGUGGGAUACUUGGUCGAGGAGGUAUACCGAGGUCGUAGCGUGGUUAGUGGGGUGCCCACAAGGUUGGCGCUUGUAAGGUGGCGGGCUCCUGAGGGAAAGACGAUCAACGAAGGGGAAGUGCAGAAGAGUAGCCGGCUGCGGUUGGGAGAGCUUGUGUGCAUGACCAAGGAAGAGGCGAAGGUGCAUGAGCGGAAGGUGGUACUUGGAGGGAAAACGAUAGAAGAGAUAUAUGGGAAGGAUAUUGUAGAGUACGUAGAGUCGAGAAUUGAGGAGGAAAAGGGGUUCGCGACCUAUAGAUAGUAGAGGUAGGAUGGGGU